AUGGCUCUGCGAGGCGGGGAAGGUUCAGAGGAGCCUGGCGAAGGAUGGGUCAGGAUUGGGCAGGAGGAUAGCGAAGAAUCAAACGCAGGCAGCCUUGAUGUGCAUGCGGAACAGGGGGAACACGACUCUGUGAACUCCCGCGUCGAUGCCUCCGAGGAGCUCGAGGUCGACGACGACGACGAUGAUGUGGAGGGGAUGGGAGCAUCGAACUCUCUGCCAGCCCAUGGUGGAGACGAUGAGAAUGUUGGCGAAGAAGGGGCUCCCGCUGAGGAUCAGCAGCCAUGGAGGUCAGAGGCUGUGCUCAACUCCUCGAACGUCACCUUGCUGAACGAGAACUUCCUGCUCGCGUCACAACAUGCCCUGCAGGCCGGAGCAGACCUUUAUGCUCGAGAGACUGGCGACUUUGGUCUCGAAAACUGGACGGCACUUCACUUCGCAGCGUCGCGAGGAAAGACAGCGACAUGUGCAAGGCUGGUAGAGUAUGGGCUUGACGCCAACGUCGGAGAUGCAUUCAAUGCUACACCUCUACAUUAUGCUGCCUGCCGGGGGAGAACGUCCACAUGUAACACUCUUGUCAGCUUAGGGUCGAACCUAGAGGCUGUCACAGAACCUGCUAGAUAUACACCGCUGCAUUAUGCUGCCAUGUCCAAGAACAAAGGAACUUGUGUCAGGCUUCUGUGUUUGGGUGCCGAUAUCUUUGCAAAGAACUUCUGGGGGCAAACGCCAAGAGACGUGGCGCUAGAGACAAAGGAUGAAGACACGGCUCGAACGUUAUCCAGGCUAGAAACGAAAAUUGAGCUCGGGCAGUUCCGUGCUGACGACGGUCGGAAGGAGAGGGAGGAGGCUUGGAGGCAGCAGAGAGUAGCCGUGGAGUCGAAGAACAAGAGGCAACACUGCGACAACGACCGCGUGCUUGUGAUUCGAAACCUGCCCUCAAACACCAAGGAGGACGAUCUGAGGGAGCACUUUCACAAGCUGGGCCUCCAGGACCCGAAGCGCAUCAACUUGUGCCUGAAACGGCUCAGCGUUGGUCCCAUGUCUUCUCCUAAGAAGUGCUCCGCGAUCGUCGAAUGCUUCUCAGCGAUGGAAGCAGAUCAGGCAGUGAAAGGGCUCAACUGUACCAUGUUCUCUUCUAGCUUGCAUGCGACUUUAUUCAGAAUCUUUGCAUCACACUACAGACCUUUGCAGCCGGAGGAAAUUCAGGAAAUGGAGGACAAGAGACGGCAAGCAGAAGCAAGUCGCCUUUUCGUGGCUGGUCUCAAUCUGACAACUAGCGCGCAAGAUCUCCGAUCCCUCUUUUCAGCAUAUGGGCAGGUCAAAGAAGUCGCCUUGCUGCAGAAGCCUGGAAUUAGCAAGAGCUUCCCCUCCACGAGACAUGUCGAUGACUCUUUCCAGGUGUGGGUGAAGUCAGAACUGCUAUCGUGA